AUGGCGACCCUCGCCGCGCUGCUCCUCCUGGUCGCCGCUUCCAAUGCCGCCGCGCUGAGCGCCAAGGCCGUGGAGUACCACAGCUUCGUAGCCACCCCGCUCUCGCCCCACGCGUACACCGCUCCGGCUGCGGACGCGGACGAGGAUGUCUUCGGCGGCAGCCUUGCCGUCGCGGAGGAGGCGCAGCAGCCGCCGCCGCGUCGGCCGUGCACUUCCGCGUGGUCCACCGGGACACCUUCGCGGUGA